AUGGCCCCGGGAGAACACCAUCAUCGGAGUACGACCAAGCAGUCGCACAAGCCCUACAAGUCAAAGCACAUGAGCAAGGGCGCAAUCAAGGACAAGAACAAGGAGUCGGUAGGCUUCGAACGCGGAACCAGAAAGACGCCACACCAGCAGAUGAUGUCCAAGCUGGACCGUCGCAACCAGGCCAAGCANAAGCGCCUGGUCAAGGACGCCGAACACGAUCGCCAGACCAACGUCUUCCACGGAAAGAACGCUGCUCCUCGCAUUUGCGCCGUCAUCCCUCUCUGCGAAGACAUCUCGAGCGCAACCGCCGUCCAGAACCUCGUCCGCAGUGUCGAUAUUGAAGAAGAAGCCCCCAACUCGAACCUCUGGAAAGUCGACGUCGCCCGCUUCAAGCAAAAGCUCCAGUUUGUUACCCUCGGACGCCGUGAUGUUCUCGAUGCUCUGGACGCCUGCCGUGUUGCCGACUUUGUCAUCUUCGUUCUGAGUGCCGAUCAAGAGGUGGAUCCUUUGGGCGAGCAGAUGCUGCGUACCAUCGAGAGUCAGGGUGUGUCGAAUGUCAUUACUCUAGUCCAAGGUCUCGACCAAAUCGAACCCGCNAAAAGACGCCCGCAAGUCUUGGGCUCGCUCAAGUCUUUCAUCACCCACUUCUUCGCUACUCAGGAGCGCGUACACUCUCUGGACGCCCGUCAGGACUGCGCCAACGUCGUGCGCUCGCUUUGCACCACCACACCAAAGGGAAUCCACUGGAGAGAGGCACGAAGCUGGAUGAUGGUCGACGACAUGGCCUGGCCCGAGGAUGCCUCCAACACUGUUGUUUUCACUGGAACCGUGCGUGGAAGAGGCCUCAAGGCUGACAGACUGCUUCAAGUUGGAGACUGGGGCGACUUCCAGAUUGAGAAGAUCAUGGCUGCCGCACCUUUGGAAAGCAAGAAGAAGCACUCGGCUGAUGACAUGGCUAUGGACGACGCUCCUCAACAGGAUAACAUCCUUGAACUUCCUUCUGAGGAUCAGGACGAUAUUGCUGAUCUCGCACCUGAGGAGACGGCCAUGACCGACUUUGCACCUUCAGUAGCUGCCACGGAACGCAAGGGUGUUUUGCUGGACGACCACCACUACUUUGACGAGGACGAGGACCCGGAGGCCUCAAAACCAAAGAAGCUGCCCAGAGGUACCUCGAAAUACCAGUCUGCCUGGUACGUUGGAGACGUUUCAGACUCUGGUUCUGACCUAGAGAGUGCCGAUGAGGAGAUGGACGAUGCAAUGGAGGACGCCGUCCCUGCUGACGGUACUGAAGGAUUUGCUCCCCGCGAACCUACGGAGUACGCUCCUUCAGAAUACCCACAAUCAGAGAUGUUCCUGGACCGAUCACCCGAGGACGAGGCCGAGCAACUGGCUGCCUACCGCGAGUCACGAAAGGCCGAGGCUGAGGAAGAUCUCGAGUUCCCAGACGAAAUCGAACUGCACCCCAAUGUGUCAGCUCGCGAAAGACUGGCUCGCUACAGAGGUCUCAAGAGUUUGCGCACCAGCGCUUGGGAACAAGACGAGGACAAGCCUCACGAGCCUGCAGAAUGGUCGCGCCUGCUCGAGAUUGCCAAUUACAAGGCAGCACAGCACCGCAUGGUCAGUGAGGCUCUGGUUGGUGGUGUUGCCGCAGGAACCCGCGUUCACGUCUACGUUCGUCUGGGCGACUCGUCUCCUGAGACUCUCAAAACUCUUCCCACACCAACAGGCAUCUUCUCGUUGCUGCGCCACGAGCACAAGCGUACUUCGGUAAACCACAGUAUCACUCUCAGCAGCGAUUAUCCUGCACCGCUCAAGUCCAAGGACGAGCUGAUCAUGCAAUGCGGCCCUCGUCGCUUGAUCAUCAANCCCCUGUUCUCACAAGCAGGCAAUACCCCCAACAACGUGCACAAGUUUGACCGUUACCUGCACCCCGGUCAAACAGGCAUGACAUCCUUCAUCGGUCCUCUAACAUGGGGCAAUGUGCCUUGUCUAUACCUCAAGCGCACCUCCACCAUCCCCCCUCCCCCAGCCGACUCAGAUAACGAAGACGACGACGCCAUGGACGACGACUCCGUCAGCAAACCCCUAUACACACUCAUCGCCACCGGCACCUCCGUCGCCCCCAGCACCAACCGCAUCAUCGCCAAGCGCGCCGUCCUCACCGGCCACCCCUACAAGAUCCACAAGAAACUCGUUACCAUCCGCUACAUGUUCUUCAACGAGGAAGACGUGGCCUGGUUCAAGGCCAUCCAGCUCUGGACCAAGCGCGGUCGCAGCGGUUACAUCAAGGAGUCUCUGGGUACGCACGGCUACUUCAAGGCUACCUUUGACGGCAAGAUCAACCCUAUGGAUGCUGUGGGUAUGAGUCUGUACAAGCGCAUGUGGCCUAGAUGGGCCAGAGAGUGGAGACCGGGCAUGGAGACUGCUACUCUGGAGAAUGAGAAGGGUGAUAUGAUUGCUUAA